CUUCCUUUGUGUGUGUCUCUCCCCGGGUCUGUGAACCCCGCCCGCUCAGCCCAGCCCAGCGCGGUCCGUAUCGGUAGUCCGGGCGCUCGGUAUCCGGCUUAUUCCCGAACCCCCGGAGUCGGCUGCUCGGCUUGGAGAGCGGCCGGGGAGGCUCAGGCAGAGCCAGCGGAUGGAGUCUAGUGAUGCAGAACACGAUGGAUGCUCCCCAGAGAAGUUUUCACCAAAUUUAGAAAAGCGAAUGGAUCCUUGCGACAUAUCAAAAUCUCCCAGGUCCUCAAAACAGCAUUAUUCAAGAUCUCGCUCGCGUUCAAGGGAGCACAAACGAAAGUCAGAUGAUGGGAGGAAACACAGGAGUCGAAGCAGAAGCAAAGAGGGUAGAAGACAUGAGUCCAAAGAUAAGUCGUACAAGAAACAUAGACCUGAUGAUUGUUUUGACAAAGAGCUUUCUGAAAAAAUGAGGGAAAGACUCAGCUCAUCAGAAAACGGUGAGGAGCGACACAGGCGAAAAGAAAGGAAAUCCUCUAGAGGGAAAAGUCAUUCCAGAUCUCGCUCACGUGAGAGGCGUCAUCGUAGUAGAAGCCGUGACAGGAAAAAGUCCCGCUCAAGAAGUAGAGAAAGGAAAAGGCGUCCACGAUCUCGAUCAAGAUCCAAGCACAAACAUCGAAGCAAGAGUCGAAGCAGGAGCCGGGAGAAAAAGAAAAGAAUUGAAAAACCUCGAAGACAUAGUAGGAGUCAUAGCCGAACACCAAGUCCUCCUCCAUUCCGAGGAAGAAACACUGCAAUGGAUGCACAGGAAGCCUUAGCAAGACGGUUGGAAAGGGCAAAAAAACUUCAGGAGCAGCGUGAAAAAGAAAUGGUUGAAAAACAGAAACAGCAGGAAAUUGCUGCAGUGGCUGCAGCAGGUGGAGGAUCUGUCAUCAAUGUAGCAGCGUUACUGGCCUCCGGAACACAAGUAACUCCUCAAAUUGCGAUGGCUGCACAGAUGGCUGCUCUGCAAGCAAAGGCUUUAGCAGAAACUGGUAUUUCUGUCCCUAGCUAUUACAAUCCAACAGCGGUAAAUCCCAUGAGAUUUGCAGAGCAAGAAAAAAAACGAAAAAUGCUUUGGCAAGGAAAAAAGGAAGGGGAUAAAUCUCAAUCUGCAGAAAUCUGGGAAAAACUAAAUUUUGGAAACAAGGACCAAAAUGUAAAAUUUAGAAAAUUAAUGGGCAUAAAGAGUGAAGAUGAGCCUGGGCCUAGCAUAGCUGAUUCUGAAAGUGUUACAACACUCAAGCAGCAGGAAGAGGUCUUUCGAAAUCUUGAUGCACAGUAUGAAAUGGCAAGAUCACAGACCCACACCCAGAGAGGAAUGGGCUUGGGGUUCACAUCGUCAAUGAGGGGAAUGGAUACAGUUUAAAAGCAAAAAUAAAACAAGAUGUUUUAAAAGUCUUUACCACUCUGGACUUAUCAAUACUUCAUGUUGUAACCAAAAAGCUGGAAUUCAAGCUUGCAUGGAUGUUGCAUUGACUUUAACUUAUUCAAAUCAUUUUUGUAAAUAUAUCAGUGAUACUGGUGUUAGUGAUGUCAUCAGAGUAAGGCCAUUUACAUUAUUGUUAAAUAACAGUAGGGAACUAUUUUAGUUUAGAAGUUUUUACUUUCCAGAUUUGUAAAACAGCAGGUGACUCAAAAGUAUAAAUAACUUUGUCUCUUCUCAUUACCUGCAAUUACCACUUUAAUGUCAUCUCUGAACAGAAAGAUGUUGUGAAAUGUUUAUGAACACGUUUCUCCUUACCUGGCCUGAAUGUUAAUAAAAUUUUGUUUAUUCUGUUUGUUAA